AUGGAGUACUACCCCUACCAGCAAGUGCAACACCGGUUGCCCCAGACUGCCUACACCAGUGGCCUCUACCACACUCAAAAUCCCCGUUUUCAGCAACCACAACAACAACAGGUCCGCGAGAUACCACCGCAGUUCCAGUUCCAAGGUCACCGCUGGAUGGACCCAUACGCGCGCAACUCUCUGCUCCAGUCGCACCGGACUGAGACGAAACCUAGGUUAUCCAAGGGAGAGGUCGAGCAAUUAGAGGCCGAAUUCCAGAAGAACAACAAGCCGACCUCAAAUGUCAAAAAGGGACUCGCCGAGCAAAUGAGGGUGGAGGUUGCCCGCAUUAAUAACUGGUUCCAGAACAGGCGCGCGAAGAAGAAGCAGGAGCUCAAGGCGCAAAUGCAGGAGGCAAAGAACAAGGCCGAGGAAGACGUCAAGGUGGAAAUUUCCCCAACGGUCGAUACCGAAGAGCCCCUCCCCUCGACCAAGCAGCCAGAUGACACCACGCCUACUAAGCCGACGAUAAAGACGGAAAUCAGCUCCCCGGGCCCGCUCGCUGAUGUGAAUGUCCCUUCGACUCGGGCAUCACCACAACAGGAGCACAGCCGACCCGAAUCGCAGCCCAACACCACGUACUCGAGCCAUGCAUCCCCAGAUGCUCUCAAUUUUGCCUUCAACACAACGUCGGUCAAUAGCGCUUCUUAUGGCACCACCCAGUGCCAGGAUUUCUCCAGCAUGAUGACAGUGCCUUGCGCAACUUCCGAUCCUACGGCGAUGUCGGUCUCAGCUCCGAUGAACUGUUCGGUUGAAGGCGGCGCUGACGGGAUCGGGGCCUUCUCCUACCCUUACAUGAUGUUUCCCGGUAGCACGGACGAGGUGACUUCGUUCGAGACGCAAUUGCCAAUGAAACGGGAAAUGCCAAUGGCGUACCAAGAUGUGGAAGCGACUCAACCAGCCAUUGAAACCGGCUUUCACGAUGUCGCGUCGGAGCAAAUGAACCAGCAGGGAUUCCGCAUUAAAUCACCACCUGCAGUGGAUCUCGCUGGGCGGAGGAAGCGGCCAGGUCUCGCUCUCUCGGGCCUUCGGAGUUCCUCGAACGGACCGACUACAGGUAUGGACUUUGGCGGCGCCAGGCGUGUGGAUCCGGGAAGUCCCAUGCGGAGGGUUGCUUCUGCAUCUGGAUUCGGACCCCAAGGUAUCCGAAGAUUCCCUGCGCAGCAAAGGCAGUUCAGCGACCGGAGGCAAGAGUCUCUUCUCCAGGCUGCCCGCUCACCUAAUGUGAUGGCUUCAUCUCUCAACAGUGCGAUGGCACCGCCUACUCCCAGCACUCCAGUGGUCGCCACGCAACAGUCUCUACGCGAGGCGACGGUCUCUUCCAACUCAUCAUCCGAUGACAAUGGACCUUUCCUUGUUUACUCGGAGGUGUCUACCCACCCCUCGGCCUUGGAUCAGAGCCUUAGAACGCCGCCUGCGACUCCUGUUACCAUUGGAGACACAUUCACUCACUCUAUUGAGGCGACCCUUGGCUUCGCGCCUUCUGACGAGGCUCUUCUUACACCUGGCGUUGAGUUCCCGAUGAGGAGCACUGAGUUUUGCCUACCAAAUUAUGUGUCCGAUGGCUAUAUGAGCCAACCCUCAACCCCUAGCUUCCCGCCACCACAGAUGUCCAUGUCGACAGCUUACUACGCGUCCAUGCCUAGCGGAAACACGGAAUUCAACUGGACCGACGCCACGAUGGUUUCCAAGUCUUCUCCUCAUCAGAACCAUAGGCGGCAACUGCAGUUCAACAACUUUACGGCUCAGGACUUUAAUGGCGGCAAAUAA